AUGAUGUCUGUAGCACGUAUAUAUGCACUGUACGCUGUGCACCGUUCCGCAGGCACGCCGGACUGCGAGGACCUGUCGGACGAGCCGGCGUCGUGCGGCGCGGCGGCGUGUGGGCCGCAGCAGUUCCGCUGUGACAACGGGCGCUGCGUGUACAAGGCGGCCGUGUGCGACGGACACGACGACUGCGGCGACGGCUCCGACGAGAGCGCGCGCCACGCCUGCCGCCCGCCGCCUCUGCGUUGCCCGUCUGGCCAGUGGCAAUGUCCAGGUGUUACUGGUCGCUGCGUCAACCUCACACAAGUGUGCGAUAAUAAAUUUGAUUGUCCCAAUGGAGCUGAUGAAGGUGCAAGUUGCGAUUUUGCUGAAUGUGAACAUCAAUCUGGUCUCUGCUCCAACGGUUGUAAACAAACUCCUAACGGUCCACUUUGCCUGUGUCCCAUCGGAGAGGAACUCGACACCGACGGUUUCACCUGCAAGGACAUCGAUGAAUGCGAUCCGCCUGGAAUUUGUUCUCAGUCCUGCACAAACACUAAAGGCUCGUACUUCUGCAGCUGUGUCGAAGGCUACCAGCUCAACACUGAUAAACAUUCCUGCAAAGCUAAUAAUCAUUCCAGUGCAUUCCUUAUAAUAUCGAAUAGACAUUCAAUCUUAGUGGCCGACCUUAACGAACAGGGACUUGAGAGAGUGCCAAUAAAUGUGGAAAAUGUCGUCGCGACUGCCUCCAAUAUGCACACUGGAACAAUAUUCUGGUCCGAUAUGAAACUUAAGAAAAUUUCUAGGUUGGAUCGUGGCAGCGAACCUCAAGUGAUUAUUUCCACUGGAUUAGAUUUAGUCGAAGGCUUAGCUUACGACUGGGUGGGUGGAAACAUUUAUUGGUUGGACAGUAAACUAAACACUAUUGAAGUCGCCAAAGAAGAUGGCAGUUCAAGAACGACUUUAUUGAGUGGCAACAUUACACAGCCUAGAGGAAUGUGCUUAGAUCCGGCACCAAACGCAAGAUGGUUGUUCUGGACUGACUGGGGAGAAAAUCCUCGCAUUGAGAGGGUUGGAAUGGAUGGUACUCAACGCUCUGCUAUCAUCACGACUAAAAUAUAUUGGCCUAAUGGUUUGACACUUGAUACUGCCACACAGAGAGUGUACUUUGCAGAUUCUAAAUUGGACUUCAUUGACUUCUGCUACUAUAACGGCACAGGGAGACAGCAGGUGUUAGCCGGCAGCCAUUACUUGUUGCAUCCGCAUUCAUUGACGCUUUUCGAAGACACGUUGUACUGGACAGAUCGUCAGUUAAACAGAGUGCUGUCUGCUCAUAAAUUUAAAGGCACAAAUCAAACAGUGGUAUCACACUUAAUCUCACAGCCUCUUUCGAUUCACGUUCACCAUCCAUCAUUACAACCGCAGUACCCAUCACCGUGUAAGGUGAACACAUGUGAACAUUUAUGUUUGCUCAGCCCGAACCAAACAAUUCAAUAUACUUGUAUGUGUAAACCUGGAUUCAAAUUACUUCCCGAUGGAAAAUGUAUUGAAGAGGAAUCUGCGUACUUGAUGGUUCUGAAAGGAUCACAAGUCAUUGACAUAUCCACUGAUGGUUCCGGAAGAGCAGGACAACUUUCGCCAGUUGUUGGAAUCCAAGGUGGAGUACAACUGGAUUAUGAUCGUCAAGGCCACAUGCUAUACUGGCUCCAAUCCAUCACUGGUGAUAGCAACGAUGAUGAAAACUGCACAGUUUACAGCAUGCCUUAUGGAGGUGGAAACAAAAUUGAGUUUUUCGGACAGGAUACGGGAAUCGUCGGUGCCCCAUCGGUAAUCGCAUUUGAUUGGCUCGGAAGAAACUUGUUCAUGGCUAACAGAGUAGCCAGCAACAUCGAACUUAUUCGUGUAGAUGGCAAAGUCAAAUAUAGAACUAUUGUUUUUGCAAACGAUGGUAGCAAGACAUCUAUUGCGCGGCCGCGGAGCAUGUGCUUAGAUCCCACAGAAGGAAAGAUAUACUGGUCCGACGAAGGCGGAUACGGAGUUCCAGCUAAAAUCGGAAAAGUGAAUAUGGAUGGAACAAAUCCUGUUAUUUUAGUUGACGUGAUAGAGAGACCGGAAGCUGUAGCAAUCGACGUUGAAAAGAAAAUCGUUUACUUCAGUACGCAGUUCCCUGCUAGCAUUAACAGCGUAAACACUGAAGGAAACGACAGAAAGACCAUUUUGACUGAAGCCAACGCCAUCUCUUAUCCGAAAGUUAUUGCCGUAUUGGAUUCUCGCCUUUACGUCCUUGACCCCCGUCAUGAAAAAAUAAUCAAAGCUGACCUUCCAAAUGGCGACAACAUCAAGGUUAUACUUGAUAAUGAAAGUGAUCUAAAAUCACUAACAAUAUUCCAAAAGAGGAAAAUGAUGCAUCAUCACCCAUGCUCACUAAAUAAUGGCGGUUGUGAACAGAUCUGUAUACCAAGCGAAGGUGGGUCGCGUAUUUGUUCGUGCUCAAUUGGCUACCGAAAAGAAAAUGAAGUGAAUUGUGUUCCCUACAAAACUUUCGCUGUCGUGUCUCAGUUGGACCUCAUCCGUGGAUACAGUCUAGAAAAUAGUGCAGAGGCGAUGGUUCCUGUGACCGGACAAGGUCAUCACAUUUUACAUGUCGACGUUCAUUUUGCAGAUAACUUUAUUUAUUGGGUAGAAUUUAACCGCGGUCAAUGGAAUGGAAUAUUCCGCAUUCGGCCCAAUGGCACAGAGUUGCAACACAUCGUCAAAGACGGAAUUGGUAGCAAUGGCAUAAGGGGCUUGGCAGUUGAUUGGGUUGCGGGUAAUUUAUAUUUCACAAAUGUCUUUCCACACGAAAACUACGUCGAAAUGUCUUGGCUUGAUGGUUCUCACAGAAAGGUUCUUAUAAAAACAACAAUGGACGCCCCGAGAGAACUAGCAGUAAAUCCAUUGAAAAGGCUACUUUAUUGGAUCGAUUACGGACAGUAUCCGAGAAUAGGAAAAGCAUAUCUCGAUGGCAGUAACUGGCAGACUGUUGUUAGUUCAGGAAUUUCGAACCCUAGAGAUUUGACUAUUGAUAUGUUAACUCACGAUGUCUAUUGGGUUGAUUCCAAACUUGAUCAAAUUCAAAAGAUCUCGUACAACGGUGGUAACAGACAGCUUAUAAGGUCUAAUCUGCCUAACCCUAUGGGUAUAGCGAUCCACACCGGAAGUGUUUAUUGGGUAGACAGGAACUUACAAACGAUAUACAAAGCAUCCAAACUACCAGGAAAUAUGUCGAUGCCCGAAAAAUUAAGAACCAAUCUGCCAAAGUUGAGAGAUAUCGUUAUUUUUGAUAUAAAUAAUCAACCCACCGAUGAUAAUAAUCCCUGCCGAAAGCUAGGAAAUGGAGGUUGCGAACAACUGUGCUUUAGUUACCCACCAGAUGCAAAUAAGGGAUACACACAUAGAUGUGACUGUGCUACUGGACAAAUAUCAGCAACCAACCCCAAAAAAUGCGAUGUAGUAGAUGAGUACUUAGUCUUUACAACAAGGACAGAAAUUCGCGCAGUCAACUUGGAUCCCAAAUCUACCGGAGUACCAUUUAAACCAAUUGGUAACUUGACAAACGUUGUCGGUGUUGAAUUUGAUUACGCUGAUAAUAAGCUCUUCUUUACCCAAAUUAGACCAUGGGCACGUAUAGCAUGGAUGUCAUCCAUUAACCCAGAUGCGUCAAAUAUUCAAAAUAUUAUAACCAAGAACAUAAACCCAGAAGGAAUUUCUUAUGACUGGACUCAAAAGAAAAUAUAUUGGACAGACAGCUCAAAUAAUUCUAUCUACGCUAUGAAUCUCGAUGGUACUGAGCUAGUCAUGAUCGCAAGAGUAGAACGUCCAAGAGCAAUAGUAGUCGACCCAUGUAAUGGCACAUUGUAUUACACAGACUGGGGUCGAUUUGGCACUUCAGGAAAAAUCUACAGAACGACUAUGGCUGGCUCUCUUAAGAAGGCCAUAAUAGACAAGGACUUAUCUCAGCCGAGUGGCUUAACAAUCGACUUUGAUGACUACAUGCUUUAUUGGACAGAUGCUGUAAGAGAAAAAAUUGAACGCUCGAAAAUGGACGGAUCGGACAGAGAAGUGCUUAUUUCUGCAACCAUAUAUCCCUUCGCAAUAACCGUGUUUAGGAAUUACAUCUACUGGACUGACUUGCAGCUACGAGGCGUUUACCGAGCGGAGAAACACACAGGGGCUAAUAUGGUAGAAAUGGUUAAACGGUUGGAAGACUCUCCUAGAGACAUACACAUUUACAGUACAAGCAGACAAACAUGUAAGAAAAACCCAUGUUUAAUCAGCAAUGGUGGUUGCGCACAGAGCUGUCACCCCGCGCCUAAUAAUUCUGUUGAAUGCAAAUGUGAUGACAACACUAAACUGGUAAACGAGGGUCGCAUGUGUGUAGCGAAGAAUAUAACUUGUGAUCCCAGCAAGUUCUUCUGUGCCAAUGGAAAGUGCAUCAGCCGCAUGUGGUCUUGCGACGGCGACGACGACUGUGGAGACAAUUCAGAUGAGGACAAGAACUACUGCGCAUAUCACUCCUGCUCACCAAACGAAUUCCGUUGUAACAAUGGUAGGUGUAUUUUUAAGUCAUGGAAAUGUGACCACGAGAACGAUUGCAAGGAUGGUUCAGACGAAGAAGGAUGCAUUUACCCGCCUUGUGCUGACGGAGAGUUCACAUGCCUCAAUUCCCGUUGCAUACCGAUGUCUCAAGUCUGUAACGGAAUUAACGAUUGUAAAGAUAACAUUACUUCCGAUGAAACACAUGAGCGUUGUCCAAGAAACACCACAUGUCCCACUAACCAUCUCAAAUGCGAAAAGACUAAUAUUUGUGUUGAACCGUACUGGCUGUGUGACGGCGAUAAUGACUGUGGUGAUAAUUCAGAUGAAGACCCGCUACAUUGUGCUCAGAGAACUUGUCCACAAAACAGCUUCCGUUGCCCCAACCAUCGCUGUAUCCCUGCCACUUGGUAUUGUGACGGUGAUGACGACUGUGGCGAUGGGGCUGAUGAACCACCAGAAUAUUGUCGAUCAGAAGGACGCACAUGUUUCGGAGACUUGUUUACAUGCGACAAUGGAAAUUGUAUACCGCGAAUUUACAUUUGCGAUGGUGAUAACGACUGUCUCGACAACAGUGACGAAGAUGAUAGGCACCAAUGCAACGAAAGAAAAUGUGACCCAGAAACGGAAUACACUUGCGAGGAGAAUAAAUUUUGGAAUCGCGCUCAAUGCAUUCCGAAGAAAUGGGUAUGUGAUGGCGACCCGGAUUGUAUUGACGGCACCGAUGAAAACUCUACUAUCCAUCAUUGCUCAACGCCUACACCCUGUUCUGAGGAUCAGUUUCAAUGCAACAACGGUAGAUGUAUCAACCAAGGCUGGGUAUGCGAUCACGAUAACGAUUGUGGGGACGGUUCAGAUGAGGGCAAACACUGUAAUACGCAAUACAAACAGUGUACAGAUCAAGAAUUUAAAUGCCAGAAUUUCAAAUGUAUCCGCAACCACUUUAGGUGCGAUGGCGAAGACGAUUGCGGUGACCAUUCAGAUGAAGUUGGAUGUGUUAAAGAAAAUAAAACGUGCCCUGCAGGCCAAUUUAAAUGUAACAACGAUCAGUGCAUAGACAACCGACUCGUAUGUAAUAAAGUCUCGGAUUGUUCCGAUGAUUCUGACGAGCCAGCUCAUUGUAACGUUGAUGAGUGCGCCAAGUUAGAAAUCAACCAAUGCGGCCACAAGUGCAUUGAUACACUAACAGGAUAUUAUUGUGAUUGUAAUCAAGGAUAUAAACUGCUCGCUGAUGGUAAAGCGUGCGCUGAUAUAAACGAAUGUUUGGAGACGCCUGGCGUUUGUUCGCAGUACUGCUCGAAUACACCUGGUUCCUAUUAUUGUAAAUGUAAUGAACAAUAUUAUGAAAGAGAAACUGACGAGCGCACUUGCAAGAGAAAGGACAACAUAACAGCAUGGGUUAUAUUUACAAAUAAAUACUACGUGAGAAACAUGUCUAUUGAUGCUUCCCAAUAUAAUUUGGUACAUCAAGACCUAAUGAAUGUCGUUGCUAUCGAUUUUGAUAUAAAGGAACAAAAGAUGUACUUUGCUGAUGUUUCGGCAAAGACAAUUUACAGAUCAGAUUAUUCUGAGCCUAACCCGACAAAGGAGGUUGUCAUCAGACACGAUUCUCAUGGUUUAGAGGGCAUUGCUAUCGAUUGGAUAGGUAGAAAAAUCUACUGGUUAGACCGACAUUCAAAGAAUUUGGAUGUAGCUGAACUGGAUGGUACGAGAAGAAAGACAUUGAAAACUGGAAUAGCCGAUCCACGAGCCAUCGUAGCUCAUCCUGGAACAGGAUAUUUGUACUAUACAUCAUGGCAUUUGCAAGCUUACAUCGGCAAAAUUGGAAUGGACGGUUCAAAUUUCACUGCUAUAUUAAAUUGGGAGGAUGAUAUUGCCUGGCCAAAUGCUUUGACUAUCGAUUACUUUACUGACAGGAUAUAUUGGGCCGAUGCUCAUUUAGACUAUAUUGGUUCAGCCGACUUAGAAGGUCGACACAGACACAUUGUACUGUCUGGUACUAAGGUCCCACAUGUAUUUGCUUUAAGCUUAUUCGACGAUGAAAUUUACUGGACCGACUGGAACCUGAAAGCUAUAAGCAAAGCAAACAAACAUUCAGGGGAAAAUCUCAUGGUAUUGAGGAACACCACCCAUCGUCCAUAUGAUAUUCACGUAGUCCACCCACUAAGACAGUUAACGUAUCCAAACCCUUGUGGCACAGACAAUGGAGGCUGUUCUCACCUUUGUCUCAUUGCCCCACCUCAUGCGUCUAGCUACUUAAAUAUUGAAGGCUACGGCGAAGAGGGUGUAACAACAUACAAAUGCGCUUGUCCCAAUCAGUUUUACUUAGCACGAGAUAUGAAAACUUGUAUUGCUAACUGUACAGAUGGGCAACAUAGAUGUAACGGUCGUGAUGAGAAAUGCAUACCAUGGUUUUGGAAAUGUGACGGUGAAAAAGACUGCAUGGAUGGAUCUGAUGAACCAGAUACCUGCCCAGUACGACAUUGCAGAGCUGGAUCAUUCCAGUGUAAGAACACUAACUGCACACCCGCAGCAACUAUAUGUGAUGGUACGGAUGACUGUGGGGAUGGAAGCGAUGAAGCUGAAUGUGCUCACGAAUGCCCUCUUCUGGAAUUUAAGUGCAAGUCUAGUGGAAGAUGCAUUCUGGAUAGUUGGAAAUGUGACGGUGAUACAGACUGUAAAGAUAACAGCGAUGAAGACCCAGCAAUGUGUCACAACAGGCCUUGUAAUCCGGACACAGAGUUUUCCUGCAAAAAUGGCCGUUGCAUUCCGAAAUUGUGGAUGUGUGACUUUGACAACGAUUGUGGUGACGAUUCUGAUGAACCGGCAUAUAUGUGUCGCCAAAGGAAUUGUACAACUGGGUGGAGGAGAUGUCCUGGACAAUCAAAUUACAGAUGUAUACCAAAAUGGCUCUUCUGUGAUGGCAAAGAUGACUGCAGAGACGGAUCUGAUGAACUUCCUGAAAAUUGUCCCACUUGUAAUGCAGAAACAGACUUCACUUGUGAGAAUAAGCGUUGUAUACCAAAACAAUGGCUUUGUGACUUUACCGAUGAUUGUGGAGAUGGCAGCGAUGAGGCAGAAUCAGUUUGCCAACACAAGUAUAGGGAAUGCUCAGAAUCUGAGUUCAAAUGUGGUAAUGGCAAAUGCAUAUCAUCAAGAUGGCGGUGUGAUCACGAAGACGAUUGUGGCGAUAACACAGACGAAUCGGACUGUGGUGGGUUCAAAUGUAAGAACGGCACGUUCCAAUGCAAAUCUGGUCACUGUAUUGCUGCCUACUUUAGAUGCGACGGAGACAGGGAUUGUAGAGAUUUGUCUGAUGAGAUCGGAUGUCCUCCACGCUUCCCAGGAGGCAGAUACUGUCCGGAAAGCAGAUUCCAGUGCGCGAACAAUCUGUGCGUGUCCCAGUCGGACCUGUGCGAUGGCACAGACGACUGUGGCGAUGGCUCGGACGAGACGCCCGCUAUCUGCACGAACUUUAACUGCGAUACUUUGCGCCGCUUCCACUGCGACAAUCACCGCUGUGUGCCGAGGUAUCAGGUGUGCGACGGCGUGGACAACUGCGGCGACGGGUCGGACGAGAACAACAUGACGCUGUGCGCGGCGCGCGCGCGGCCGUGCGAGCCGCUGUCGCAGUUCCAGUGCGCGAACCGCCGCUGCGUGCCGCGCACCGCGCUGUGCGAUCUGCGCGACCACUGCGGCGACGCGUCCGACGAGCUGGGCUGCCACACCGACCGCACCUGCGACCUGCGCGACAAAGGCGGGUGCGAACAGUUCUGCACGAACAUUACCACGGUGGAAGGCACGGCAGGCGGGUACAUCUGCACGUGCUUCCCGGGCUACAUCAUCGCGGCGGCCGACAGCAAGAAGUGCGUGGACGUGGACGAGUGUGCGGCUGGCACGCACCACUGCAGCCACCUCUGCAAUAACCUCAACGGCAGCUACAGCUGCGCUUGUCGUGAGGGCUUCCAAUUGGCUGAUAAUUUAUCCGGUGUUUGCAAAGUAACAGAUGAUGAAGUAGUAUUAAUGUUUGCAAAUGGACCAGUAAUAAGAGCUUUCGUUCAAGACAAAAAUGAGGAGUUCGAUGUCAUCAGUUCAGAAAAGAGAAUAGAGGCCAUAGAUUAUGAUCCGCAGAAAGAGAUGGUCUUUUGGGCUGACAGUUAUGAAAAGACUAUUAAGCGAUCAUAUAUGGUCAACGCUUUGGAUGGACAAGUUAAAACUGGUUUUGCUCAGGAUUUGAACAUGAAAGGCAAUUCCAAACCAACUGCGAUAGCAGUGGAUUACGUAGGUGAUAAUCUUUACUGGACAGAGGCCGACAGAACCGGUUCCAAACCGAGAGGCAGAGUUAUGGUUGCCAGAACUGACGGUAGAUAUAGAAGAGCGCUUGUAUCUGCUGGAAUUGAAAGUCCUACAUCUUUAGCUCUAGAUCCGCAAAUGGGUCGCAUGUUUUGGGCGGAUGCUGGAUCUGCUCCCAAGAUAGAGAUAGCUUGGAUGGACGGUUCAAAGAGAAGACCGAUUGUUUCGGAAAACAUAAGACAUCCAACUGGUUUAGCUAUUGAUCAUGCUAUGGACCAUGCAAUAUACUGGGCGGACACUAAGCUCAAUACAAUAGAAAUGAUGCGGCACGACGGUUCCAAUAGGAAAGUAAUUUUGAAGGGCGACAUGCUUAAGCAUCCACUAUCGCUGGAUGUAUUCGAAUCGUCCUUAUAUUGGGUGACAAGAGACACUGGUGAAUUAAUCAAACAAGAUAAAUUCGGAAGAGGAGUGCCAUUCGUAAUUUCCAAAGAUCUAGUCAAUCCUUCAGCUGUAAAAGUGUACCACCCGCGGCGCUACAACGCCACGGCGAGCGAGCGUGCGGCGUGCGCGCGGCUGCCGUGCUCGCACCUGUGCCUGGCGGUGCCGGCCGGCCGCCGCUGCGCCUGCCCCGACCAGCUGCAGCCGCCCAAGCGCGCCACGCACCUGCUCGCAUGCGACGCCGCGGUGGAGGCUGAGCGUCCACUGCCGCGCAUCUGCCCGUGCGAGAACGGCGGCACGUGCGAGGAGGACGGUGCGGGUGGGGUGCGCUGCGUGUGCCGCGCGCCGCUGCAGCCGCCUGUGUGCGCCGCGCAGCAGGCAGCUAGCCGCAGCGCUGCGGCGCACGUGCUGCUGCCCACGCUGCUGGCGGUCGCGCUUGCGAUAGCUGCCGCCGCCGCGGCCUUCUUUGUGCUGCGGAAGCGCCCCUUUGGUAAGGGUGUUGGAUUGGGUAGCCUGGCGUCGUCUCAGAGCGUAUCGUUCCGCGCCGGCUCGAACGUGGAGUUCGGCGGAGUGGGCGCGGGUGCGGGCGCGGGGAGUGGAGCGGUAGUGGGAGCGGGCGCGGACGCGUAUGCGCUGCACGAGCCGCGGAAGGGACGCGACUUCAGCAACCCCAUGUACGACGCGGUCACACGGGCCGUCGCGCACGGAGAACCGGAGCCAACGUUACCGGGCAUCUACGAGGUGCCGGAGGAGGUGAAGGAACGGGUGGGGUCGGCGGUGCUGUCGCCGUCCAGCAGCGCCACGCGCGACGCACGCGCACCCGCCGCUGCGCCGCGGGCGCUCGACCCGGCCGCCGACACCGGCGCCGACACCGCGCGCCUCGUGCACCGCGCGCCCGACUGCUAG